AAGUAUUGAGCGCGAACGGUUCAAGUGCUUGCAUAUUUUCGCCAGAAGUAAAUAUGCUGUGUGUAUCAUUUCUGACAUAUUUCGUCUCCCAGAAUGCUGGUCUCGUUUGAAAUAUCUCCGAAAGUUAUCCUAAAUUUCUACAAAGUAACAUCUAUUAUGACAGCUAUUCCCCGCUAAACACAAAUGCUGUUCCAGGAAGGAGUAGACAUGAAAUAAAGGAACCUUGGGCUAGCAGUUUGCGACAAUAUGGAUAACUCCAAAUGGGCUGAUCAAAGGGGUUGGAACAGGAUAUCAGUGAAGAGAGAAAUUCCUGGAGAAUCAUUUGACAACGAAUAUGAGAUGCAGGAGGCUUGGGAACCCUUGGUUAAGCAGGUGAAGCAGGAGCAGUCACCUAUGGACACAGAAAUUGGCAAUGUGCAUGAAGGACAGUUUGCGCUAAACACAGCAGUGAAGUAUGAGGCAGAGGAGUGGGGCCGGGACUCGGACAGUGGGAUUGUCGAGGAGUGCCCGUCUGAGUUCAUUUCGAGCAAACUUCUGAAAGAGGAAGAGUCGGAGUUGGAGUCAGACAGCGGCAUUUCAGACGAGUGUGCAGCACAGGCCAGCACCCUACCGGGUCACGUUCAGAGCCCCCACGAGACAUUCCUCGAGGAGGAAAUUAUGUGGAGGUUCAGCGAGGAUUCUUACGGCACCUGCGAUCCACUCUCCACCGAAGAGGAAUGGCAGGUGAGUGCCGCGCCCCGCCCCGCCCCGCCCCGCCCUGCUGCGCUGCAGAACUCGCCUGCCCCGUCUGACGCUCUCCACCUCACUGUCGGGCCCAGUCCCGAGAUGCCACUUGAAGUCGCCAUCAAGGAGGAGCAGCCAGACAGUGGGGAUGAAGCUGAAAGAGGACACCAGCAGUUCGAAGACUUGCUGACGAAGAGGGGAAAGUUGCCACCACCUUACUGGGGGCCGCGCGUCCUCAGUGUCCGGGCCCCGGAAGACUCGCCCGUGGCUGACCGACUUCCGAGCGGACACACGGAUCUGUACGCUGCGGGCCCACCUCUGAACAGCUACGCGGCCCCGUGCCCUGCGGACCCACCUCCGGAAGGCUACGCGGCUCCACCGCCACCCCCCGACUACUGGGACGCCAGGCCGCACCGACUGCCCAAGACGUACCACUGCCCCUUGUGCGUACGGUGGUUCACCAGCGUGCCGCACCUCAGGCGCCACUACAACACUGCCCUCCACAAGCGCCUCGCCGUGGAGAAGGGGCAGCCUGCUGUGCCCUACUGCAAAAAGUCGAGGCGGUCACGGGCUGCCUUCCUCAAGACCCUCCGGGCUUCAGGGGAUGGCGGCAGCUCUCGUGACGACACCGGAGGGGGCGGCAGGAAGCCGCCAGAACUGGGAGCUAGUGCACCGGCACUGCCACUGCCAGGGGCACAGAGAUUGCUGCAACCACCACCACCACCACAGCCCCAGAGGCCGCCUCCGCCACCGCCACCGCCACCACCACCAAAGGUGCCACCACCAUCACUGCCGUCGGGCAUCAGAAACACAUCUAGGGCACAGGUGGGCCCACCAACGCUGCAGCAGCCACAACUGAUGCCAGAUGGAGGCAGAGCACCAGCAUACGUGCCACAGCCUUUCUGCUCAUACAAGUACGAGUGGCAGCGACACGAUGUGCCCAGGCUGUUUGGGUCCCAGUGCUGCCAGCCACCGUGGGUACCUGAUGGUCCACAGGACAGCCUCGCAUUCCAGAUGAGAUGGGAUAUGAUACACUCCCAGCAGCAGCAGUACCUUUACCAGCACCGAUCUGGCGUGCCACAGUCGACGCCCGUCACGGCCGGUCAGUGCAGAGGCGAGGCAGUUCUUCUCCCCCGACACAUCGAGAAACUGCAGUCUCAGUACCCCGGCAUCACAAUAUGUGCAGCCGAGUCGAAACGUUCUCCUCCUCCAACACCCGCAGUUAUGGCGACGGUCGCCUCGCCGGACGGCUCCCCCGAGUCGGCACGCGUGUGUCCCGUCUGUGGUGUUUCCUUCGACAGCGACUCUACCUUGCGGCGGCACGUCGUCAUCUCCCACUCUGGCAGCACAUACUUAGAGUGCGAGCUCUGCGGGGCGGUGCUCCCCGGCCUCACGACAUACCGAGCCCACCUCAUGGAGCACGGUGCUGGAGCCGAUGCCGGCAAACGGCACUCUUGCGACGAGUGCCCCAAGAGGUUCACUAACAGAGCACACCUGGCCCGCCACAAAAUGUUGCACUCUGGGGAGCGGCCAUACGUCUGUCACGUCUGCAGCAAGGGCUUCAUUCGCAAGGACCACAUGCUCAAGCACGCCAAGGUGCACAACUGCCGUUGUGCCUUCUGCAUCCCCGGUGCCGUGUACGAUUCCGCGUGA